GAGUGGUGAUGGUGAAAGCUGAACCUAGUUUACGGUCUACAUUAAGCUAAUAACUGCUUUUUGUACUGAGUUAGCUUAUUAACUAAUAGCCGCCACACAAUGCCGGUGUACAAAGCAGGCUAGUGUGAUCUAAAGGGGUAAAACGCUAGUUAGCGCUGAAGACAAUAGGUCCCGUCAAACUUUGCCAAACAACGAUCUGCACUCAGCCAUGGCUGAUGGACAGGGGUGCAGAGUCAGUUUGGAGAUGAUGACCUCUACAGUAGCUGUCUGAACUGGACAGCUGAUCCCAGCAGCCCUGGAUGGCGUGCCCCGUCCAGUUCCUCUGCCGGGGGCUUCGCACCGUUGGACUAGUUCUCCUCUACUAUGUCUUCUCUAUAGGCAUCACCUUCUAUAACAAAUGGCUGAUGAAGGGAUUCCACUAUCCCCUUUUCAUGACGUUAGUUCAUCUCACCAUCAUCUUCUGCCUGUCGGCUCUGACGCGUCGGGCAAUGCACUGGCGGACAGGGAAACCCCGUGUUAUUCUAAGCUGGAGAGAUUACCUCCGUAAAGUGGCUCCCACUGCCUUGGCCACAGCAUUGGAUAUUGGACUUUCCAACUGGAGUUUCCUCUUCAUCACCAUCAGCUUGUACACUAUGACCAAGUCGUCAGCUGUUGUCUUUAUCCUCUUUUUCUCUCUGGUGUUUAAACUAGAGGAGCCGAACCCAUUCCUGAUCCUGGUGGUCCUGCUGAUCUCCAGUGGCAUGUUUAUGGUUACAUUUCAAGCGCAACAGUUUAACCUGGAGGGAUUCAUCAUGGCGCUGCUGGCAUCCUUCAUCGGCGGGAUCCGCUGGACCCUCACUCAGGUCCUCAUGCAGAAAGCAGAGCUGGGCCUUCAGAACCCAAUAGAUGCCAUGUACCACCUACAACCUCUCAUGUUCCUUGGCCUCUUUCCCCUCUUCCUUUAUAACGAAGGGCUGAGCCUCAGUACCUCAGAAAAGUUGUUCCGGGUGACGGAGCUUUCACCUCUCCUUUACUCACUCUUCACGCUGGGCAUCGGCGGCUCACUGGCCUUUGGUUUAGGCUUCUCAGAGUUCCUGCUAGUCUCUCGAACCUCCAGCCUCACUCUAUCCAUAUCAGGGAUCUUCAAGGAGGUGUGUACUCUGCUUUUGGCAGCAGCUCUGACGGAAGACAAAUUGAGCGGGCUUAAUUGGAUGGGAUGUGUUGUGUGUCUGUGUGGCAUUUCAUUGCAUGUGGGACUCAAGACAUAUUAUUCGAAAAAUAAGGUCCCGUCUUUAAGGCAGCUGAACAGUAAGAGCCCAGAGCUCGAGUUGCCUUUACUGCAGCAGACCAGAGACGAAGCAGAGGAAUCAGCUGCUGACGAAGAUGAGGAGCAAGAAAUCACUCUGCACUGACAUCACAGGAUGUCAGUCCUUUACAACCUUUCCAUCAGAGGGUUUGAACAGUGACGCCAAAUAAAUGCUGGAGCACUUCCAAAAACUGUUUGGAACACACUGCCACAAAAAAAGAGGGAACAGCAUCUUCAGCUCUUUACUUCCACUGAUCCUGUCUUCAGGCGAGGCCAGGGCCUCAUUAUCAGCUGUACAGUAACUGUGGACUUUGAACGUGACAUAAGUUAUGAUGCUUUGCCUUAGGGCCGCUCCAGAAACGUAGCUAAUACAUGCAAGUGUCAACAAAGUAUGAUGUAUGGAGGAAGAGAGUGCCACAGCUUUAGAUGAUACUUUCACACCUUGAAUUGUAGUGGGUCAUUUUUCUUUGCUAGAUACUUGUCACUGUGGAAACAUCUUACUUUGGUAUAUAUACCUAUACAUAUGUGUGUAUAUAGGUAUAUAUUAAUAGCAUUCUGCAAAAUGGCCCACAGAAUAAGCUGUUAGGAGACUGAAGCGCGGUUACAAGUGUUUGAUUAAGUGAAAAUCAACUAGAAUUUGAAGUGUUCUUGUAUCCUGGUAAUAUAAUGUGGGAGCCGUGGUAACCAGAUUACAUUAUUUAUUUGCCUUUAGAUAUGUAGCCUGGUUCUGAAAAGGACAUCCUUAAGUUAUUUUGUGUAGAAGCGAGAGCAAUGGCACAUGUGUUAUAUGGGUCCAGAGAUUCCUAUUCUUGCAGAUGGCUUUGCUGAUCUUGUUUGUCGGCUGAUUUAUCUGCUGUACAAUUUAAUACAACCAGAUCAACAUGAUCCGUAGGGCUGCAGUGAUUAUCAUAAUCACAAAUAAAUCUGCAGGACUUUUUUUUUGACUAAGCAAAUAAUUGUUUGGUCUAAAAAAAAUGUGAGGGAAAAAAUGAAAAACGGCCAUCACAACUUCCUAAAGCCUUAAGGUUCCUCUAGAAAUUCCUUGUUUUGUCCAACUGUCUAAAACUCACAUUAGACAACAGCAGCAAUUCCUCAUAUUUUGUAGAACCUUUGAGAUAGUAGGAAAUGUUAUAUUUAUAUUUGAAAAAUGACUUGAAUUGUUAAUUAAUUAUCAAAGUUACAGAUUCAUUUUCUGUUGACUGACUAAUUUUAUUGAUCAAGUGUUUGAGUUGAGUUGUAGAAGCAAAAAUGGCUGAUGCCAAGCCCUGUCUCAGAAAAUAGAUGUCCUGCACCUUAGCAAAGGUCGGAUUGAUGUCAGGUUUAGUGGCAUGAAGACCCUCUCAAUGUGAUCAUUUUUUUUUAUUUUUUAAUGGUAUGUGUCCUAAUACUGGAACAUGUCACAAUAAGGCCAUUUUUAAUCAAGUUUACUUCAUAGUCUCUAACUGAACAUAAAGGAUUAACUGAGCUGCAGAGUUGGAGCUAAAAUGAAUGGUUAGUGGAGAGAUGUGAUAUGAUUAUACCUUAUUGUGCCUUGUUAAUGUUACAGCAUUGAAAAAGGCUACUUUUAAGAGCUUAUUAUAUAUAUAAUUAAAUCUGUGAUUAUGCAGCUGAAGUUCUUCAGUGUUAAGCCAUUUCAGAGGGUAAACGUCUUUGAAUGUUUUCUUUUUUCUUUUUUUUUACAUCAUGAGUUUCUGUGAAAAGGCAGCGUUGUUGCUAAAUC